AUGGCGUCCAUCGCUCGCAGCAUUCUGAAGAAACCCGUCAAGAUUGCCAUUGUGCAGCUGUCUUCGGGCCUUGACAAGGCUGCAAAUCUGAAGCAUGCUGCUUCUCAAGUAGCAAAGGCCGCCUCGGGGGGAUCCAAGAUUGUCGUUCUCCCAGAGUGCUUCAACUCACCUUAUGGAACCGAUUUCUUUCCCAAAUACGCAGAGACCCUGCUGCCUUUGCCUCCAGUGAGGGAGCAAGCCCCUUCCUAUUAUGCUUUAUCGGCAAUGGCAGCAGAGAAUAAGGUAUACCUUAUUGGAGGCUCGAUUCCUGAGCUCAACCCUUCUACAAAGAAGCAUUACAAUACUUGUCUCAUCUUCGGACCCGAUGGCGCCCUGUUGUCGAUUCAUCGCAAGAUGCACCUAUUUGAUGUUAACAUUCCUGGCAAAAUUACUUUCCGGGAAUCUGACGUUCUCAGCCCAGGCAACAAGGUCACCCUCGUCGACUUUCCCGAAUAUGGAAAAGUCGCUAUUGCUCGCAAAGGAGCAUUUGCUCUAAUCUACCCUGGCGCGUUCAACCUCAUCACAGGCGCCCUUCACUGGAAGCUAUUAGCCCAGGCACGAGCCGUUGACAACCAAAUUUACGUGGGAAUGUGCAGCCCUGCACGUAACCUAGAUGGUCCCUAUCAUGCCUGGGGCCACAGUAUGAUUCUCGACCCAAUGGCUGGUGUCUUGGCGGAGACUGAAGAAGGGGAGGCUAUCAUUGAGGCUGAACUGAACGAAGAGAGAAUUACGGAGACACGAAGAAACAUACCUUUGGAGACACAGAGGCGUUACGAUAUUUAUCCCGAUGUUAGCGAGGGCAAAGUAGCAUAUGAGGAUCCCGAUCUUCUGGGUCAGAUUCGUAACUAA